ACUGAGACCCGAUGGGCCCAUUUUCUGGAAGGAUGGGACCCCUCUGGGCGAGCUCAGUUGGGAAACGUUCGACUGUUCUAUACCGAAGGUGCCUCUCAACCACACCAACACGAUUUAGUGACCUUCAAACCAACCCGAUCACACUUCGAUGUGCGCAGAUAUUUGAACAAUCAAAAUCAGCUACAGGGCCAAGCUCCCUCGAUCACAAGGAACUACGUGUGCAGGGCCAUGUCAGGUUUCUCAGGAAGCAAAAACGCUUUGCAUUUGCGCAUAUCUCGGACGGUUCGUCCCUCCAACCAAUCCAAGCAGUCUUGACCCCAGAACAAGCAACAAAGUACGUCCCGAGCCUCAGAAUACAACAUAUUGCCCGUUUAGAACCACUUGCUAGGGCUGAGAAAUCAAUCAGUUGUCGCGGAGAGUAAUUGACGUUGCGUAGCUUAACUCAGGGUGCUGCAGUUGAGGUUACAGGGAUAUGGCAACCAAGUCCUCCGGGCAAACAGCAAUCCCAUGAGCUUCAAGCAACAAAAGUUGACAUUGUGGGAGAGGCGGAUCCUGCGGUAAAUUCCUUUCCCCCCUCCUGCAUAUAUUUGUGUUUUGUUUAUAUUCUAUAUAUGAUUUUCGUCUGUUUGCCUUAUUAUGUCAUUUUGCUAACAAGCGUCACCUUCAACCCAGACAUACCCGAUCCAAAAGAAAUUUCACACGCCAGAUUUCCUUCGCCAGUUACCACAUUUACGCCUACGUACCCCAUUCAAUGCCCUUCUCUCCCGAUUGAGAUCUGAGUUCAUAUACCAAGUGACAGAGGAAUUCCGCUCCCACCGUCAUCUCAAUUUUGUCCAAGUUCAGCCACCAUUAAUUACCUCCUCUGAUUGUGAAGGAGCAGGGGAAGUUUUUAGUAUAAAACCUCGAGAUUUCGUGACUGAGGAAGGUAAGGCGAUUGAGUUUUUCAAAUCGCCUAAAUAUCUUACCGUUUCAUCACAAUUACAUCUUGAAGCUUACGCGGCAGAAUUGGGUAAUGUUUGGACUCUGUCUCCCACCUUCCGAGCAGAGAAGAGCGACACACCCCGCCACUUGAGUGAAUUCUACAUGCUCGAAGUAGAAAUGAGCUAUAUGGAUUCCCUCGAGCCGCUCACUGCCUUCGUGGAAACGCUUCUACGCAAUACGACUCAAAGAGUUUAUAACUCCCCGGUGGCGCGAGAGCUUUUCAGUUUUAAAGUUGCCGAUGACCUGACAAAGGAUACCAGCAUUGCGGAUCUAGAAAAGAGAUGGAGGGCUUUAAUGGAGGGUCCCCGGUGGCCACGUAUUACAUUCGCACAUGCGAUUAAACACCUUGAUGAGGCUGUCCAUACAGGUCGAGUCGCAUUUGAAUUCUCUCCAUCCUGGUCGGGGGGGCUGCAGCUUGAGCAUGAAAAAUUCCUUGUUGAUACAAUUGGCAAAGGUUUGCCUAUUUUUGUUACUGACUACCCUAAGGCUGUCAAACCAUUCUAUAUGUUACCUUCAAGCGGCUCGUCUAACGAAAACGGGGAGACGGUUGCAUGCUUUGACCUCCUUCUCCCGGAGAUAUGUGAGGUAGUUGGCGGGUCGCUCCGUGAACAUAGACUUUCACCGCUCAUCCAAAAUAUGCGCGAGCACGGCUUGCUGAAACUGAAAGAUUCAACGCCUGAACCCUCUGCUGCCGUUGACGCCAAGGCUCCCUACCCUCAUCUCCUCGCUAAUGAGGAAUUAGGCUCGAUCCAGUGGUACGCAGACCUGCGAAGGUGGGGGACCGUACCACAUGGCGGAUUUGGACUAGGCUUUGAUCGCUUCGUCGGGUAUUUGGCUGGCGUAUCCAGUCUCAGAGACCUUGUCCCCUUCCCCAGGCAUUUUGGAAGGGCGGAUUGCUAAACGACUGCGUGUCUUGGUAGUCUCCACCGGCAUACUUGUACGAUAUAUAUAGAAGAAGGGACGGGUUGUACAAAUAGAUUCAACAAUUGUUUUUUGUUUUUGGUUGACCCGCAAUAUCCAUCAGGUUCGUUUCCGCCUGAUGUUUGUUUCCAUGGAUAUCUCCGAAUCCAUGGUGAAUGAACACCGCAGGCAAGUGAUUUACAUAUCAUUUCCAGCCCUUUUUUCUGGGGUAAGGCACGUCAAAGCAUAUUGGGUUCUCACCUCUUUUCUUGUCUUCAGUGUGAUCCAUAUGACAGGUUCUGUUGAAUUUAAGUCUUAAGGAUAUAUCCACAUGCCUCAACAGGUGAUAGCGUUCGGUGUGUGGUUGCGUAACGGAAUGGGAACAGGCAAAUGGCAUCUCUGUGACCCAAAACCGGAGAUAAAUAAUAUAUCCCUCCUCAUCUGCUCAAAGGAAGAUAUAAGAAAACGACAAGACCUUGGAGCUCUUGGCGCUUAUGGGAUAGGGCGAAAGUGAAACUGGGGGGAUGAUCGCUUUGCCCUUAUCUGUGUCAAAGUUGGCCGUCUAUUUUUGCUUGAUCAAUCAUCAUUGACUGGUAGUCCAUAUAUCCUCCCUUCCCAUCUGAAGGUGAUUGAUUGAUCGAUGAUUUGACCAACCCUUCACGCCACGACAUCAUUCCUAGUCGGACCGCAAAGGAAGCCUUCUUACUCCUUUCAAAAGGAACGAGGGCCAACCCGUCCGCUUGGGUUUUUUUUUUUUUUUUUUUUUU